UUCCUCCUGCCCCCGAUCUGCCCGGAGGCCCGCCCCACCCCGCACCUGGCCACCCAACCCUGUGCCGCGCCGCCCCAUCCCGCAACUCCACCCCCUAUUCUCCGGCGCAGCGCCCCCCUACCCACCUUCUCCCUCCGCGCCUGACCGCCCUGAUGCUCAUCCUUUUCUGCCCCUGGAUCUAGGCGAGGGUGCCACCACCACCCGCCUACAACCCCGCAUUCCUCCUCCUAUGCGCCGCCGGGCCGGGACAUGCAAGCCACCAUGGCCAACCGAGCCGCUACAACUCCUCCCCACUGCGCGGUGAGCCCUCCCACCACGUGCGGCAGCAGCUCCGCUCUCGCGGCUCCGCAGCCCCUCCCACCCCGCGCCAUUGCAGCUCUUCCACGCGGCGCCGCGACCCAUCCCACCCCACGCGGUCGCCGGAUCCAAGCCAUGGCGGGCUUUCACGAUGCUCAGUCGUCAGAUCCAGGCUACGCCGCCCCCACCCCCUCCCCCGGCGACGCUCAGCUGCCCCUCCUCCUUCCCCUUCUCUGUCUCCACAGUGGUCGCGGGAAUCCAUGCUGGCAACCACCUACCACGACCCGCGACUCUGGUGGGUGCCCAUCCAAAUCGCCAAGAAACCGCCCCUCCACACGGCUGCCACCCGGAUCCCGUAUGUGUGCUGCAACGAGGCGGCUUGCAAACUGCCUCCUCCCAGCUCCAUGUUCGGGGCCCAUGUCUUCGUGCAUGUUCUCCUCCACUGCUUGACUCCAUCGGCCUCCCCUCAUCGUCAGCCGCGGCGCCACAACCACCACCGGCGAGACGCAUGGAGGAGAGCUCCAGCGCCACUGCCUCCAACCACGGCGGCGGCCCAAGCGAGAGAAGUUCGCCACGCUUCUCGAUGAGGUUCGGUUGUCCCGGGGCUGCAGUGCGCCUCCACAUCCUGGGCGAAAAAUAGCGCAUUCGGAGAGCGUUGCAGGGUCGUCGCUAAAAGCAUUCCACAUAGGAGGUGCACUCGGCCAUCGUUGACUCCCCAUGCAGUACACUUUUGUGCUAUGAGGGGAGCACGGUCAGGAUUCAUUGCUACCACGGGCUUCCCCGACGGGGUGAAUUUUGCAGUUCUUUUUUUUGUUUUUCAGUUUGCUGCAUGCGAAAACUGUUCAAAAAUUGUUAUUUAGUUGCAUAUGGUGAAGGACAUCUAUAUUAAAUGCAAAAGUGACAAACAAAAUUCUUCGGCGAUACUUGUGUUAGAAAAAGGGUAAAAAAAAUCAUGCAGCUCUCUUAACUUUUGAUGCGGUGCGGGUUUUCAUCUAAAGUAGUGCAUUCGGCCGUGUGAUGUUGUUCAUCUUGUAAAUGCAAAAAAUUGUUAUAGAGAUGAUAAAAAAGAGGAAUGUGGUUCACUUUUUUA